UCAGACCCUUACUUCCACCUUCAAUCCUCCGCUCGACGUGGGCCUUUCAGCCACUAACGGUCGAUUAUCCUAUUGACCUGUUCUGUCUGCAAUGAGGUGUGUCUUCGGCCUCAUCCCUCUUUGGGACCAGAUCUACAGCGCAUUUCCGUCCAAAACUACAUCAUCGCAUGUGAGUCCAGAAUCUGCGAUAACACAUUUGCCUCCCACCACUGUGAUCAUCCCUUCUCUCAGCUUUUUUUUUCCUAUUUACAUGUCAAACGUAAAGUCCAUUGGUAACCAUAUUGCCAUCAUGUUUUACCAGUCACAAUAUCGGGACGAAAUGACCAACUCGUCCAACCAAUCCAGGCGAGCCAAAAGACACACAUCCGAAGCCGAUACGACCAAGAAAAGAUUACCCAUCCUCCAAUCAGACCUUGAGAGUCAUCUGCGACUGAGUUUUGGGGUCUUUCCUAUCCUUUGGGUCUUCAGUCCCUGAGUGGUCCGACUUGGCGCUUGGUGGCGAACAAAGUCAAACAUGAUGUCUUACCCGUGA